GGUAUAGUGUGGUAAUAUCAAUAUAUAUUCUCAAAGAAGGGGAAACAUAAGGAGGAAGAGGAAAAAAAUUUGUCUUCUGUCUCCUCUCAUUUACUCCUCCACAAUGAAGAACACCAAAUGCAAAAAGAAAGAAAAAGAGGUAGAAGAUCAGAAUUAAUUCACAAACAAAUACUAAAACAUAAAAGAUGCAAACUCAACUCACCUAGAUCUGUCCCCUCUUGGUCAAUAUGGAGCGUCAUCUAUUUUGAGGCCGAGAAAAGAAAGAACAGAAGGAAGGACCAGAUUGAGAGAAGAAGGAUUUAGAGCGUCACCGAAUUUGAGAGGGGAUGCUGCAAUUUUUUUCUUUGUCGAUUGGAGAAAAAAAAUGAAGAACAAGAGAAGGGAACAGAUCUAGAUCUGGAAAAAGGUAUUUGGAAGAGAGAAAGAAGAGAGAAAGAGAAAGAAAAAAGAGAGAGAGGAAGAAAUCUGUUUUUUCUCUUUCCUCAAUUAAAAGCCAGCAUAUAAAUGCUGGAAAGAAAUAAAAAAAAAGAAAUAAAUAAAGUUGCAAAAAUCGGACAAAAAUGCCCCUUUCCCACCCCGCGUCAAUAUCAGCCACACAAUGUUUUCCCCAUCAGAUCUACGGUUCUCAUUUAAUUACUGAUGGAUGAGUAACCACGAUAUCCUAAGCCCCGACCACCAGAAGAAAUCAAGAGGGAUUUACAACAAAUAAAGCGGCAAUUGGAAAGCUUAGAGGAGUGACGACGACAUAAAAUGAACAGGUCUGACAACUUCAAAACGAGGGUUGAGAGAUGGAUUGGGGGGAAGACAUAGUCGAGGAUUUUGAGGGAGAGUCGACUCUAGAGGAAGAAAAGGGACAGAAUUCUGUGAAAUUUGAGUCAAAUCUAUGCAGUCCAAUUUUGGCAUUUAUUUUGCACGAUCAAAUGUUGGUUUUCAACUCAUUGUUGCAUUUAUUUUGUGAAAUUUUGGCUCAAAUUAUACACCAAAAUUUCCACAUCCAAAUCAUUCCUAAUGUCAAUGACCAUUAAGACCAUAGUUUGAUUGAUUCUAAAAGGGUUAAUACCCUAGUUUGGCCCGAAGUUUAGCAUUAGUGACAGUUCUGGCCCCAUUUUUCAAAUAAGACAUUUAUGGCCUACUUCUGAAACUAUUUGACAAAUUUGGCCUAAAAUUUUCUUUGAUCGUCAAUAUUAACGGUCAAACACUAUUCUGUUAGUGAUUCAGCAAAAAAAUCACUGAUGUGGCAUGCCAUGUCAUUAAAACAUAUUAUUUUAAUUGUAUAUUUCAAUUAAAAUAAAAAUUAACAGAAUAAAAAGAUCUUCUUAUGAACCCAAAAUCCCCAAUUUAAAACCCUAAAUCGUUAAUCCACAAGAAGACGAACCGAUCAUUGGCUAUUGCUUUUGACAGGUAAAAGAAGACGCUCAGCAGCUUGCUUGGAUAUUUGAAACUGUUGGAGCCUUCAAGGUGAAGCGCAAAGGUGGAAAGGGCAAACUGAUAUUUGGCAGUGUGACUGCUCAAGAUCUUGUCGACAUCAUAAAGGCACAGAUGACCGGAGAAUCCACAAGAAGACGAACCGAUCGAAAGAGAGGCAGACUCUUGAGGAUGGACGAUGGCGGGGGGAUGUGAAUAAGGAUGGCGAGUCGGGACGUGACGGAGAAUGGCCGCGGCGGUAGUGGAGUGAAAGAGGUGGGUCGGAGAACUCAAGUAGUGGCGGAGGAGAUUUGCGGUGGCGAACUCGCGAUGGAAGUGGGAAUUAUCGGAGGAAAAUUGAUCGGCAAAAGUGGGAACUCACUACUUGUGGUACCUGUCAACUCGGAGAGGCGAGGAAGGUGGAGGAAGCUAAAGCGGAUGGAGGCUAGAAGUCUGGUCGAAGAAGAAGAAGAAGAAGAAGAAGAAGAAGAAGAAGAAGAAGUAACGGGAGAGGCGGAAGACUGUUGUUGGUCGGAGAAGGAGGAGGCGCCUCCCUCCUAUUCACAAUUAACAAUUUAGGGUUUGAAUUUGGGGAUUUUGGGUUCAUAAGAGGAUUUUUUUAUUCUGUUAAUUUUUAUUUUAAUCGAAAUAUACAAUUAAAAUAAUAUGUUUUAAUGACGUGGCAUGCCACAUCAGUGAUUUUUUGCUGAAUCACUAACGGAAUAGUGUUUGACCGUUAAUAUUAACAGUCAAAGAAAAUUUUAGGCCAAAUUUGUCAAAUAGUUUCAAAAGUAGGCCAUAAAUGUCUUAUUUAAAAAAUGGGGCCACAACUGUCACUAACGCUAAACUUCGGGCCAAACUAGGGUAUUAACCCAUUCUAAAAUGUCCAAACCUAAAUUCAAACUCAUCGGUUAAUUAUCUCUAGCAAAAUUUUCCUUUUGUAUUUUAUUUCCCCCCUCCCACGAGUAUAGGAAGAGGGAGUUUUGUUUGUUGGUUUGUUUGUUUGGAUGUGGUUUGAUUCGAGAUACGAGACUAACAAGGAGAUAAACUAGUUAAUGUAACCGUUAAUUUUUCAUAUAUUUCCCCAAGUUGUUGGUUUGUGAAGGGAAUUUGAAGUGAUGACAGGUGGUCUUGGUAAGCUGGAUGGAGGGGAUUUAAGUAAACAAGUUGGGGUUCAAUCUUGGUUAACUCCACGAUUUUAUAGCAAAGUGGUGGCAUUCUAACUUUUGUCUUAUAUGUACCGUACGUAGAUUUACUAUACUUAACUUAAUCCUCUAUAUUAUAUGGAUGGUUGAAAACUAAGUGGGUAAAAGGGUUCAAUGCAGAGUUAUUGACAUAAACUAGUUGGUCCCAAUAACUCGAGUUGUUGGGAGAUGUUCAAUCGUGGAUCAUAUACCAUAACACUAACACGCCCCCUCAAACGAAAGCCACUAACAAGGGCUUGAAGUUUGCACAGGUCCGAAGACAAGAAUACCAUGUGCUUAACAAAUGGGGGUCACCGGAAAUCGAACACAAAACCUCUCGAUCACAGAAGGUUCUGAUACCAUGUAAUAAACCAAUUGGUCCCAAUAACUCGAGUUAUUGGGAGAGGUUCAAUCGUGGAUAAUAUACCACAACACUAACAGUUAUCCCUUUUCAACCUCCAUUUUACAAUUCGAAUAAACAGAAAUUUAACUUGUUUUAUGUAUUGGGAUUUUGUCAUUGGUCAUAUGAAGACAUAUAUAUAAACAUUGGCAUCUUGAGUAUUGAGAUUUGAACUUUAAUCACUGCAAUUUUUUUGUACUUGUUAUUAUCGGUACAGUUUAUAGUUUCUUGAUCAAGAGCAUCCUCAUGAUCAUAAGCAAGUAAUAUAUAUAUCAUACUAUUAAGUAAUAAUUGUUUCAUUAUAUAAAUUCACAAUGCUUGUUCAAGUGGUACAUCACUCCACAUAUGGAAACAUCGUCGCCUAGAAGAUCAGUAAAUGAAUAAUGUGAUUAUUUAAUUAGUGUCACUUGUAGAUCCAUUUGCUUAAUUAGUUGAUAGUUGCCGUUUACAGUGUAUAUAUAUAUAUAUACCAUGAAAAAUCAGAGGAAAAACAUUAUGCCGACUUCUUCCAAAUGUUGUUGUUCAUUCUUGUUUUCUUCUUCUGAAAGCAGCAAACCCUAGCGUUCUUCAAGAGAUAGAGAUAGGUUUCUAUCUUUUUCACUUAUAGUUAUGUGUAGAGGGAACCAUCAUGAGAUUGAGAAGGCCGUUGGAUGUAAUUAAUUACUAGACUUGGUUAUACUCUCCUUGAAUCAAUGAGUUGUCUGUUUCUGAUUGGUAAUAAUAAUUAUGGGUUGCAGCCGUGAUUAUCUCAGAAACCCGACAAGGGAACUUCAUAUCAUAGUUAACCAAGGGCGAGAAUUGCAUUUAAUUUGCACCCCAAAAAAGAAAUUAAAGGAAAAAUGAUUUAUUAAGGUAGAUGAAACUUUUGUCGUUAAUGACAAGUGCUGUGUCUGUCUGUCUGUCUUGAAGUUGGUAAAGAGAUUAUGAAGUUGGAGUGCGCAUGCUCCAAAUUUAACAAAAACAAUUCAUUAAU